GUUGGCCCCGCCCUCAGCCCGCCGCACGCAGGGCAGCUGGCUCGGCCCGGUGCUGCAGAGUGGAACCCGGCAGGCCCGGCACCUGGCGAUGGAAACGGCUCCCCCCGCUGUUGGCAAGGAAGGAACCUACAAAUUCAAGUUCACUUGAAGUGUCUGUUAAGGCAGGAAGAUGCUGUGGAAAGCUCUGCUGAGGACGGAGCUGGGGGGAGCGGGGAACUGGACUGCCUCCAUGCACCGGUUCCUGUCCCCUACCCUCCGGUACCGGUCCACUUCUGUCAUGGAUAACCACCAAGUGGAGCUGGCCCGAGAGCGAUCCAAGACCGUCACCUCCUUCUACAAUCAGUCGGCCAUCGAUGUUGCAGCAGAGAAGCCCUCCGUGAGGUUGACGCCCACCACCAUGCUGUAUUCGGGACGGUCGCAGGACGGAAGCCACCACCUGAAGAGCGCCCACUACCUGCACCGCGAGCUGCCCGUCCGCAUCGCCCAUCGCAUCAAGGGUUUCCGCAGCCUCCCCUUCAGCACUGGCUGCAACCCCACCAUCCUCCACGUGCACGAGCUGUACAUCCGAGCCUUCCACAUGCUGAGUGAAUUCCCCCCGAUCAAGGACCAAGAGGCGGAGGCGCAUUACUGCAAGCUGGUCCGGCAGCUGCUGGACGAUCACAAGGACGUGGUGACGCUGCUGGCCGAGGGGCUGCGGGAGUGUCGGAAACACAUCCAGGACGAGAAAGUCAUCCGCUAUUUCCUAGACAAGACGCUCACCUCCCGGCUGGGGAUCCGGAUGCUGGCGAUCCAUCACCUGGCGCUGCACGAGGAAAAGGUGCGAUUCCUCUCUCUCGCUGGCCCCCGCCUCUCCCCGAAGAAAAUCAUCGAGAAAUGGGUGGAUUUUGCGAGGCGCCUGUGUGAGCACAAGUAUGGGAACGCCCCGCGGGUGCGGAUCAACGGGCACGUGGCCGCUCGCUUCCCCUUCAUCCCCAUGCCCCUCGACUACAUCCUGCCGGAGCUGCUCAAGAACGCCAUGAGAGCCACCAUGGAAUCCCAUCUGGACACUCCCUACAACGUACCCGACAUUGUCAUCACCAUCGCCAACAACGACAUCGACCUGAUCAUCAGGAUUUCGGACCGGGGCGGCGGGAUUCCGCACGAACACCUGGAGAAGGUGAUGGAUUAUCACUUCACCACGGCGGAGUCCAGCACCCAGGACCCCCGCAUGAACACCCUCUUUGGGAACAUGGUGGACAUGGUCAACAGCGGCCAGGCGGGCCCCAUGCACGGGUUCGGCUUUGGGCUGCCGACUUCUCGUGCCUACGCCGAGUACCUGGGGGGCUCGCUGCACAUCCAGUCCCUGCAGGGUAUCGGUACCGAUGUUUAUCUCCGGCUGAAACACAUCGAUGGCAAGGAGGAGAGUUUCCGCAUCUAGAGACACCCCUUUGCCGGCCCGCGGCCUCUCCAGUUCCGCGUGGACUUCGGCUUUGCUUCCCGUGACUCUGUGCUUGGAUACCGACGAACCCGAUCCCGCGGCCCCGGGCGCCUGGGUUCCCAGCAUCUCCCAAAGGGGCCGGAGCUCUGUGCUUACGGACAGGACGUCGCCUCCUGCUGGUUAUUCCGAUUCCGCCCCAGGAGCACCCUAAUGGAUGCAGUAUUCUGCGGGGGCGGAGCAUGGGUCGGCCCCGCCCCCAAACUGGUUUUUAAGGCAACGGACACUUCCCGUGUGCGUCCCUUCAUUGAUACUGCCAGCGCCUUGUGCGCUCAUUUUUUCACCCUUGUUGCAUUCCCUUCUUCUGAGGAAACCAAAUGGAAGCACAGCAUUGGAGGAGGGGGAAGACUUUUAUUGCUGCGCAUGGCCCCAGAAUCUCUCUCUCACACGUAUCUCUCCAGUCCCUCCCCCCACGCACACCUUGGGCAGGAAGACAUUUAUGGUUGCGCACGGACGCUGAAUUCCUCACCCACCCACAGAGAUGCUAAUUUUAGCCUUUUCCAUUUUUUUGCUUUCUCAUUUAUGGGGGAGGACAAGAUGUGGAUUUGACUCCUCCCCUUCGGGGUGACUGGGGGAGCCAGCCCCUUGACGUGUAUCCCACUAUGAUUCCAAUUAAAGGUGCCGAUUCGGAAAGGGA